UUGAGAAGUGUAAAAGCAUAACAACUUUUUAGGUUGGAUUUGUAGUUUUUUUGUGUAUGCAUAAAAGAUCGUCUUGGUUAUUGCACACCACAGGACCACACCCCCUUCCCAGUUCCCAGUUCCCAGUUCCCACCCUAUUAUUAUUAUUCCAUGCCUUCUUCUCACGCAAAUAAGCCCUUAUAAACCCCACACAACACCCUGUCUUAGCCCCUCCCUUUCUCAUGGCUUCGCUUUCCUCAUCAUCUUUUUUCUUGUUGGAAUCAUAGUUCAUUAUCCUCUUCUUGUGCCCGAUGGAGGAUACUAAGUUUCUUUGGGAAAUCAAAUUCAUUGCCAACUUGUUAUGCACAGAGACACUUUCCUUUCUCUCUGUUCACUCUUCCCAUCCUCUCUUUUCUUGCAUUGUCACUUUCUCUAUCCUCAUUCUCCUUUAUUUGCCUCGUCUAUUUUCCAAGAUACUUUUCUCGCCCGUGCUCAUUCUCUCCGGGCUUCUCUUGCUCCUCCUCCUCCGCCUCGGUGCAAUUCAGAGGUCUCAAAGUCAACAAAAGGAAAACCCGGUUCAACCCGAACCCAUUGGAUUUGGAACCAACGAAAACAGAGUAGAGAAACAGGGGAGCAUCAUUGAAGCGGUGGAAAACGAUUCUCUCGACCACGUUUACAGAUGGGUAAGGAGCCAAUCUGAAGUAGAGUUCAAGUCCCAAACGGAUUUUCAUUCAAGUUCGCGUUUUGACGACUCUUUCGUGGAAUGGAACGUGAAAGCGCCGUUGGAAGUGAUUUACGAAGGCGAGGAAACAGAGCAUGAUCAAAAUGAGGUUGGUAUUUUGAGGUACCCGUCGUUGUCACGCUACUACCCUGAGACUGACUCGGAUAGCUCGUCGGAGAGUGGUUUUCCGGCGACAGAGAACUGGGACUCGCCGGAGAACAUGCGCUUCAGGUGGGACGAAGAGGACAGAGAAGGGUUAAUUGAGAUAGCUCUUGAUGGAUGCAAGAAGAGGGAGGUGGGGUUUCAGUUUGAGGAGGAGAAUUUGAUCGAGAUUGACAUUUCUCCCACGAGGCACAGGGAAUUUUCCGGCGAGGACGAUCCGUUUUCCGGUGAGAUUUGUUGCAACUAGUGUGAUGUUUAAUAAAGAUUAAUUAACAUGGUGGAAUAUUAUGUGAUUUGUUUUGGGGAUAAGUGUGGAAAAUUAGAGAUUUGGAAUUAUUUUGGGUUUUGGAUGUGGUCACCAUUGUAGUACUUUUGUAUCUAAGCUUUAAUUGCAAUUAAUCACUAAUCUCAAAUAUUCAAUCAUCGUUAAAUGACUAAAAUACCCCUCCCGUUCGUCUCUGUAUCUCCAUUCGUCAGUCUACAAAUUAAUGUACACGGUGGGAUUUCCUUCUAUUAUAAAGUCAAGGUUUUGAA